CGUGACCAGGAAAUACGGCUGCGGCCAAUCACAGGCGCGCUUAUUCGCCGACGAGCCAGUACCAACAUGGCAGCUCUCUGAGUUUUGCAGGAAGCGACCUGGAGUAGAUAAAGCUCAAUUUGACGGUUUGCCAGCAGCGACAGCGUCCGGGCGUCUGUGUUUAGAACCGAACGGACCCGAGGGGGGAAAAAUGUCGGGUGACGGAAACAAAAAGCAGUUCUGGAAAAGAAACGCGGCGAAGGUUCCCGGCAGCAUUCAGCAUGUGUAUGGCGCACAGCAUCCACCUUUUGAUCCCCUUCUUCACGCUAACUUGAUUAAAGCUGGCCAGAAGCCAUCUCCCGCCACGCCGGGCAAGCCCAAGAAGGCCACCACGUUCCAGGAGUUCGAGAGCAUCACCAGCGAUGCCUGGGACGUCGGGGACGACGAUGACGAGCUGCUGGCCAUGGCUGCGCAGAACCUGAACAUCGAGGUCGUCAUGGAGACCGCCAAUAAGGUGAUUGAGAAUCACAGCAAGUUGCAGGAGCGACAGAAGCUGGACGACAACACACAAGAAGAGGGGGCAGACGACGACGACGAGGAGGAGGAUGAGGAUGAGGAAGACGAGGAAGGAGACUUGACCAGUCCGGAGGUUUCCUUCUCUUUCCAGAGCAGCCUCGACACUGAAGGUCACCUGGUGAAAUCCCACAGCGAAGCUCCCAUUGGCUCACCGAAAGAUGCAGCAGGUGAGCACGCAGCACUCUACAGACAGCGCUCUCUGCCCCACCGGCCGGUCAUCCCACUCGUGGCUCGCAUGGCCGACCAGAACACAUCGGGCACUCCGGCCAUGACGGAGAGGGAAGCGUCACGUCUGGAUAAGUUCAAGCAGUUGUUGGCUGGCCCCAACACAGAUCUCGAAGAGCUUCGAAAACUCAGCUGGUCUGGAAUCCCGCGACAAGUCCGACCAAUCACUUGGAAGCUCCUUUCGGGUUACCUGCCUGCUAAUGCUGAGAGGAGAGAGAAUGUCCUUCAGAGGAAGAGACAGGAAUAUUUUGGCUUCAUCCAGCAGUACUAUGACUCCCGCAAUGACGAGCACCAUCAGGACACAUACAGACAGAUCCAAAUAGACAUUCCUAGGAUGAGUCCUGAGUCUUUGGUGCUACAGCCAAAGGUGACAGAGAUAUUUGAAAGGAUCCUUUUCAUUUGGGCCAUCCGCCACCCGGCCAGCGGCUAUGUGCAAGGCAUCAACGACCUGGUCACGCCCUUUUUCGUGGUCUACGUCUUUGAGUACAUCGAGGAAGAAGUGGAAAACUUUGACGUGUCCAGUCUCCAGGAAGAGGCUUUGAGGAACAUUGAGGCUGACAGCUUCUGGUGCAUGAGCAAACUGCUGGACGGCAUCCAGGACAACUACACGUUUGCACAGCCAGGCAUUCAGAGGAAAGUCAAGGCCCUGGAGGAGCUGGUCAGCAGGAUUGAUGAGUCGGUGCAUCAUCACAUGCAGCAUUACGAGGUGGAAUACUUGCAGUUUGCCUUUCGCUGGAUGAACAACCUUUUAAUGCGGGAGCUGCCACUACGAUGCACUAUUAGACUCUGGGACACCUACCAGGCUGAACCCGAGGGUUUCUCCCAUUUCCAUCUCUACGUCUGUGCAGCCUUCCUUGUGAGGUGGAGAAAAGAGAUUCUUGAGGAGCGAGACUUUCAGGGCCUGAUGAUUCUACUGCAAAACCUCCCCACCAUGCACUGGGGCAACGAAGAAGUCAGCGUGCUGCUGGCCGAGGCCUACCGGUUGAAGUUCGCCUUCGCCGACGCCCCCAACCACUACAAGAGAUGAUGAUGCCUCCUCCUCUUGCUACCUGACGAUUCUUUAGAAGGACCACAUUGCCCAAAAGGAGAUUUGACAAACUGAGUGGAUGUAGCACUGAACAUGUGGACCUGGAACCAUUUAUUUUUAUUAUUAUUUGUGACUCUAAAAUUCACAUUCCACCCAUGAGAGACGUGGGAGAAUGUUAGUUUUUUUCCCCCCCUCUCCUACGGCAAAAAUCUGACCUUUUUUGCCUGUUAAGUCAACGGAAGGCGGCGAAAAGGGCAAAGUGCACCCCGGCUUUCUCUCCUGUUCGAGGAACAUGACCUCCUCUCUUCUUCCCCCGCAGCGAUGAGGAAGAACACAUCUGAGGAUUUCCCUCCAUCCAUUAAAAAUCCCCACGCCCUAUUGAUUUCAGAAAGCUUCACCAACAUAGAAAUAAAUCAGCGACUCUGGAGGAAAAGAAGUCCCAAAAAUGGUUGCCCAGAGAUGUCGUCGUCACACGUACAAAUAGAUCUUUUGCAGGGAGUUUGCACCCACACAAUAAAAACAAAGUGGACCUGAAGCAAUGCCCUUAUUCUUGUGCAAUUUUAUCAGAAGUUUCAGUCCUUAUUAGUUCACGGGGAGCUCAAGUAGACGUUAAAAAUCGACUGCGAUUAGUUUCGCGCCGUUUUCACGCCUCUCAUCCCCCGCUUUCUGAUAAGGGCAAGCAGUUGAGAAUGAGGUUGUUUUCCUUCGGCAGCAUGAUUGGCUAGCGGUUCGCACGUCUGCCCUCACAGUUCGGAGUUCUUGGGUAUUGAAGACGAGCACUAUUGACGGGCGGAUGUGUUUUCCUCGUCAUAAUCUUCACAGCAAAAAUACAAAUCUUACCUAAUUUACCUUCUUUCAAGUGAAAGCAUCUUACUGUACUUAUUUCAAGACAUUUUUGACUUUUUCUUUUUAAAAAUUUCAGCGAGACAAAAAGAAUGUUUUAAGGUACAAGAUCUUAUUGGAAGAAUCUUAUCCAGUCAACCCAUUGACAGAUAUUUCACUUGAAAUAAGGCAUUUUGUCCCAAAAAUAAGUGAAAAAUAAUCUGCCAAUGGAACGAGGAUGAAUUGACUUGAUAAGAAUUUUUUUUUAAAGAUCUUGUAUCUAAAACCAAGUCUUUUUGUCUGUCUCAAAAAUGUCUUAAAAUAGUACAGUAAGAUGUUUUCGCUAGAAAUAAGAUGAAUUCACUCUGUAAAAUUUGAGUUUUUCCAGUGUUUAAAUCAGCCAUUAAAAUAUUUUUCUUUUAAUAUUGUUUACAUAACUAGCUUAGGAAUUUAUGCCUGGCGUUGGAGAAAUUCGUUUUUUUCCAAGAUUUUAGAUUUUUGCUACUUUAUUUUUUUGCUCUUUUCCUCUUUAUUAUUUUACAAACUGCAGCCACUGUCACUUUUGUUGCCUUAAUCCGCACAGCAAACAAAAGAUGAACAUUUUAAAUAAAAUCAAAGCCAGAUUAUUUCAACCUAUUGAACAUGUCUAACAAAUAGCGCCACCUUCUGACACUGCCACCACCUUUUUUUGGGGGGGGGGGAGGGGAGGAGGGGGGUGGAUUUAUUUUAUCUACAUUCCAAUUUUUUUUUUCCCCCAGUAUAAAUCUAUAGCUAGAUUAACAAAAAACCGUAGUUCAGACUAAUGCCAGUCUGCUCACACAAGCAUCCCUGCAGUGACGAAAGUUCGAGUCCUUUCUGGCUGCAGCCACAACACGCACACACUCGCGCGAGCACAACACUGAACUUCAAACCAUCUUUGAAGAAUCUCCUGCAAGGUACCCCCGAGUGACAUUUCCCCGUGGUAGUUUUUGCUCCCCUUCGUCUCCUUACAUGGAAAUCUGUUCAUGGAAACCAACAACAAAUGAACAAAAAUCAAUAAUAAAAAAAAAUAAUAAGUCCCCCCAUGCUUUGAGAAUGGCCACCGAAUGGAAGACUAGUAGAGCGUGUGGUGUACUGGUUCCUGAAGAAGAAGAAAAAAAGUGUACAGAAAUUUUUGAAAUUAAGGAAAAAAAAACGUGUAAAUAUAAAGUGUAAAUAAAUCGUCUAUAUGACAAAGUGUCGUGGUGUGUUUAUUGUUUUCCAUUUAUGAGGGUUGGUAUACAUUGCUACAUGCAAAUAAUGGUUGUUUUUAAUCUGUAUACUUUGUGGGCCCAUUUUGAAGACUUUUACGAACAAAAGGCGAUCAUCCGGACAUUGGCUCGUACCAAUGUAUUGUCCCCAGUAAGUGAUGAAGUUUAAUGCAUUGUAAUGCAAAGCCACAAAGUGUGUGUGUUGAAGCUUCCUGGCUCUUGUUAGGCUGAGGGAUGUUCGCGCAGGCAGCCAAUUAUGGAGUAGUGGUCACUUGAGGACUCCAGUCACUUCAUGGGAAAUUAAAAAUACAUUAGUAGCAACAAUGGUCGCAGGAACGUGCCCGUCUGUGCAGUUGGCUUCUUGCUAUUCCUCUGUCCUACCUCGCCUCAGGGGGGGAUUACAUCAUUACGCAGCGAAGCCGCGCAUUAGCCGCGGGUCUGCAUCGGAAAAGUU